GGACCAGGGUUCAAACUCUUGUCCCCUGCAUUGGCAGGUGGAUUCUUAACCACUGAGCAACCAGGGAAGCCCCAGAUCUUAAGUCUUGCUAACCAAAAAACCACCACUGGUCCCCACUUCUACUUGGUCCGAGCAUGUAUUAGCAACUCUAGCUUUAUUCUGCCCCAAACAGUUGUGUGAGUUUAAGCAGGCCUUUCUGGUCCUCUGUUUGCUCAUCUAAAAUCAGAGGUUAGACCUGGUGGUUUCUAAGACCUCUGUAGAUGGGAGAAUCUGUGCAUCAACCCUCCACAUACCAGUCAACAUUUAUUAACAAGAAUAGCUCCGGGUGCUGGGACAUUCAGGCAAAUAAAACACAGCUUCUGCUCUUGAUAAAUCCCCCAUCUCAUCAAGGGGGUAGGAGAGGCAGGGGGACUGACACAUAAAUUAGCGUAAUCAUGGCACUCAGUGCCUAAGUUGAUGAUUGUGGUCUAAGUGGAAUGCUGUAGGAGCAAAGAGCUUUGGGCAUUGGGAAGGCUUCACAGAGAAGGUGAUAUCUGAGUUGAGGCUUGAAGGUUGAGUUAGAGUUCAACAGAUGGGCAAAAGCAUUCCAAGGCAGGCGAACCACAUAAACAAAUGCACGUUGUAAGAAAAGAGCGAGAAUUUUUGGGAAGACUAGCUCAGAGCACAGGCUGUGUGAAUGUGUGUGUGUGUGUGUGUGUGUGUGUGUGUGUGUGUGUAGCAGAAUAGACUGAGGAGGUGGAUUUGAUUCUGAUAUUAAAGGUUCUUGAAUGCACAGUAAAUUCAAUUAAACUUUACCUGAGGACUGCUCUUUCCAAGCAGUCCUGAGGAGCAGCCCUAGGGGAGGAGGUGCUGCAGGGAUUCCCAGGAGCUUCAGAGUGAGGUCCCGCCACAUUUUGCUUCAGGCAGAACAGCUCCACUUUUACCUGCUUGAUCUAUGAGGUUCGGCUUGAUUUCAUCUGACAAAAAGUUUCCACUGCUAAAGCAAGCAAACGAGUAAAAGGGACCAUGGGCUGUAGCUGCAGCUCAAACCCUGAAGAUGACUGGAUGGAAAACAUCGAUGUGUGUGAGAACUGCCAUUACCCCAUAGUUCCACUGGAGGGCAAGGCCAUGCUGUCCACCUGGAAUGGCUCUGAAGUGCGGGAUCCACUGGUCACCUACGAGGGCUCCAACCCCCCAGCUUCUCCACUGCAAGACAACCUGGUUAUCGCCCUGCACAGCUAUGAGCCUUCCCACGAUGGAGAUCUGGGCUUCGAGAAGGGUGAACAGCUACGUAUCCUGGAGCAGAACGGCGAGUGGUGGAAGGCGCAGUCCGUGACCACGGGCCAGGAAGGUUACAUCCCCUUCAACUUUGUGGCCAGAGCGAACAGCCUGGAGCCCGAACCCUGGUUCUUCAAGACCCUGACCCGCAAGGACGCGGAGAGGCAGCUCCUGGCGCCCGGGAACACGCACGGCUCCUUCCUGAUCCGAGAGAGUGAAAGCACCACGGGAUCGUUUUCCCUGUCCGUCCGGGACUUCGACCAGACCCAGGGAGAAGUGGUGAAACAUUACAAGAUCCGUAACCUGGACAAAGGCGGCUUCUACAUCUCCCCCCGCAUCACUUUUCCUGGCUUGCAUGAGCUGGUCCGCCAUUACAUGAAUUCUUCGGACGGGCUGUGCACGAGGUUGAGCCGCCCCUGCCAGACCCAGAAGCCCCAGAAGCCCUGGUGGGAGGAUGAGUGGGAGGUUCCCAGGGAGACGCUGAAGCUGGUGGAGAGGCUGGGGGCUGGCCAGUUCGGAGAGGUGUGGAUGGGGUACUACAACGGGCACACGAAGGUGGCAGUGAAAAGCCUGAAGCAGGGCAGCAUGUCUCCCGAUGCCUUCCUGGCCGAGGCCAACCUCAUGAAGCAGCUGCAACACCAGCGGCUGGUCCGGCUCUACGCGGUGGUCACCCAGGAGCCCAUCUACAUCAUCACGGAAUACAUGGAGAAUGGGAGCCUGGUGGAUUUUCUCAAGACCUCCACAGGCAUCAAGCUGACCAUCAACAAACUCUUGGACAUGGCAGCCCAAAUUGCAGAGGGCAUGGCGUUCAUUGAAGAGCGGAAUUAUAUCCACCGUGACUUGAGGGCCGCCAACAUCCUGGUGUCUGGUGCCCUGAGCUGCAAGAUCGCAGACUUUGGCCUAGCGCGCCUCAUUGAGGACGAUGAGUACACAGCCAGGGAGGGGGCCAAGUUUCCCAUUAAGUGGACAGCACCAGAAGCCAUUAACUAUGGGACGUUCACCAUCAAGUCGGACGUGUGGUCUUUCGGGAUCCUGCUGACGGAGAUUGUCACUCAUGGCCGCAUCCCUUACCCAGGCAUGACCAAUCCUGAGGUGAUUCAGAACCUGGAGCAAGGCUACCGCAUGGUACGACCUGACAACUGUCCAGAUGAGUUGUACCAACUUAUGAUGCUGUGCUGGAAGGAGCUCCCGGAGGACCGGCCCACCUUUGACUACCUGCGCAGCGUGCUGGAGGACUUCUUCACAGCCACAGAGGGCCAGUACCAGCCGCAGCCCUGAGGAGCCUAGCUGGCUGGGGCUUGGAGCCCUCCCCCUACCUAGCCAACCCGGCUUGGGGAGAUGCAGUUCCUGUGUUACACCCAUGUGGCCUAUGCACAUAUGGACUCUGCAUGUGAAUCCCGCCCACGUGCAACACAUACACUUCUCGUGUCCUGUACCCGGGUUCUGUAGUCGGGUGGGCUCUGCACAUGUGUCUUGUACAUGUGUGGCCUGUGCAUAUUGUCUUGGACACUCAUCCAAGUUGUCCCUUUCUGGGCCCGCCCACUUCUGAGACCACCAAAGAAAGGAGAGAGGCCUGUGAUUGACACCAGCUUCUCUCCACCCCCUUUUCCUUUCCCCUGGUCAUCAAGAAGCUCCUUGAGGGCCGGAACCUUAUCUAAUACCUCUGUGCGCUCCUCUUUGGUGCCUGGCACCCAUAAGGAGCUCAAUAAAUGUCUCUUGGUGAA